AUGGACAAAAUCAAGUCCCAACCCGAAUAUCGAGCCAUACCUGAGCCUGGUCCUGGAGAAGUUCAACUCGCAAUGCAGGACGUAGGCAUCUGUGGCUCUGAUGUCCAUUAUUGGACACACGGCUGCAUUGGUAAUUUUAUCUUGUCUGCUCCCAUGUUGUUGGGACAUGAAGCCAGCGGAAUCGUCAGCAAAAUCGGCGACGGGGUCACCUGCUUGGAAAUAGGCGAUCGCGUAGCGAUAGAACCUGGACUGCCAUGUCGUUCUUGUAAAUAUUGCAAGUCGGGACGUUACAAUCUUUGUCCGAUCAUGCGGUUUUGUGCCACGCCUCCAAACCACGGGAACCUAGCAAGAUACUACUGCCACGCCGCCGAUUAUUGCCACAAGCUGCCUGACAAUGUAAGUACAGAAGAGGGGGCUUUGUUGGAGCCGCUUUCAGUUGGAGUUCAUGCCUGCCAACGUGCUGGUGUAACCAUCGGGUCCACAGUACUUAUUUCGGGGGCUGGACCGAUCGGGUUGGCUUGUUAUUUGACAGCGAAAGCAAUGGGCGCCAAAAAGAUCUGCGUUACAGAUAUAGACAGCAAUCGCUUGGAGUUUGCCAAGAAGAUAGGAGUAGAAUAUGUAUUGUCUGUGAGGGCUGGGACUCCAAAAGAACUGGCUUCCCAAAUUGAAGUGGCUUUGGGCCAAAAUCCUGAAAUUUCCAUUGAAUGCAGUGGCAAUCCAGCCGGUUUGAAGACAUCAAUGUUGGCGACUGCAAAUGGAGGGUGUGUUGUGAUGGUCGGUAUGCAGCCCGAUGAAGUCACUGUGCCUUUGUUAAAUGCAGCUGUCAGGGAAGUGGACAUCAAAGGGACAUUCAGAUAUGCCAACUGUUACCCAACUGCUUUGUCGAUGAUCGCCACAGGCCAAGUAAAUGCGAAGCCACUGAUAACUCAUCGAUAUAAACUCGAGGACAGUUUGAAAGCAUUUGAACAUGCCCGGACCAUGCGAGAUGGUGCUGUGAAGAUUAUGGUCCAUUGUGCUCAAGAAUGA